AUGGGGGGGAAAAGGAAAUGGAGAUUGGGAUUUGAUGUUGGGUUAGGAUUUGAUGUUUGGAUUGGAGAUGGAGGUGGAGAUGGAGAUGGAGAUAGAAAUGGUAAUGGUAAUGGUGAGGAGGGGAGGAAGGUGGAAGGAAGAUGGAUGGAAGGAAGAUGGGAGGAAGGUGGAAGGGUGGAGGAUAGAAUGGAUGGGUGGAGGAUAGAAUGGAUGGGUGAAGAGGAUGGUGGGAGAUGGGUGGAGAGAAUAGUGGGAGAUAAAGUGGAAUGGGAUGGAAUGUGGGAGAUGGAAGAUAGAUGGAAUACCUAG